GUGAUGAAUGUUUGUAUGAAAGCUUUCCUGAACUUCCUUUGGAAGAAGCUCCAGAAACUGAUGGAGAGGUUGCAAACGUCCAGUGUCCAAUGUCCAUCAGCAUUCAAGAGCCAUCUUCUCCAGCAACCUCCAGUGAAGCUUUCACACCAAAGGAGACCUCUCCUUACAAGGCUCCAAUAUACAUUCCCGAUGACAUUCCUAUUCCUUCAGAGUUUGAGCUCCGAGAAUCCAAUGUUCCUGGAGCAGGAUUAGGGAUAUGGACCAAAAGGAAGAUUGAAGCAGGGGAAAAAUUUGGCCCUUUUGUAGGAGAGCAGCGGCCACAUCUUAAAGAUCCCAGUUACGGUUGGGAG